ACUUCCGGAAGGGUCUUGGGACCACAUCAGACAAGCUCCAGACGACCAGACAGAGCCAGACCAGCGCAAUGGACGGUCGUGUGCAGUGCAUGAAGAAUCUCGUGUCUCGGCCUAGAAGGUCCCAGGCGCGUCGGUGGAGAAAUCCGAUCCCCUUUCCCGAGACCUUUAAUGGCGACACCGACCGGCUCCCGGAGUUCAUCGUGCAGACGGGCUCCUACAUGUUCGUGGACGAGAAGAUGUUCUCCAACGACGCCCUGAAGGUGACGUUCCUCAUCACCCGCCUCACGGGGCCCGCCCUGCAGUGGGUGCUCCCCUACAUUAAGAAGGACAGCCCCCUCCUCAGCGACUACCGGGGCUUCCUGGCCGAGAUGAAGCGGGUCUUUGGCUGGGAGGAGGACGAGGACUUCUAGGUCGGACUCCCUGCGCCCCGGAUGAGGCGCCAGGGACGGUCCCCUGCGCGCCCCGGACCUGCGCCGCCGCCGCCGCCUCCGCCGCGGGCGCCUUCCGCCCCCACCUGCCCGCCCCGCUCUCCGCCUGCUACCACUCCCGCGUAGUGCUUGCCUUUGUUCCGGAAAUAGCGCCCCAGGUCCCCCCCGCUGCUGCUGCCACCACCCAGCCUGUGUCCAGAACCCCGGCUGCCACCUUCUGGGCAGGCCCAGCCCAGCCCUCCCUGCGCAGCAGCUGCCUGCAGGGCUCCUGCCACACACUGGACUGACCAACACCGCAGGCCAUUGCCAGCCGCCCCCGGACCGGAUGACCAGAGAUCAGCGCUGCCGCCACCAAGUCUGACUUCCCACCAGCAGACUGACCCUUGGCCCUCAGGACUGGCCUGGGUAGAACCUGAGCUGGCCGCGACCCCUGGACAAUGGUUCAGACAGCCCACAACUUCCUUGAAAUGGGGACUAGCUUUUCCCCUUGAGCAGGCUCCAUUCCCUCUCCCUUUUGUCUCUGCAGCUUUGUCUCAGAUGUAAGAUGUGUGCCUUUCCCUCAAAAGAUGACCCAUGCUCUCUGCCCAGCUCCUCAACUCUACCUGGAUGAAAAUCUCUUUUUAAUUAUUAUUUUAAUUUUCAUUAAACACUAGACACUGAUUAAAAAAAAGGUUGUGUCUCAA